AUGGAUUCAGGGGAUGGGUCCUCUGUUCCAAGGAGGAGGACUAGACAACAGUUUUUAAAAUAUUGUGUCGAGUUUAUUGAGAAGAGGAACAAGUUGAAUAAAAAUGGUAAUACUAGUCACUCUUCUACUAUUUGUUGUGUGGAUAUUGGAGAGGAUGAUCAUGUGAGUUGUGGGAGGAAAAAAAGAAUAAAGGUGGAAGAAAAAAACACAUCUUGUGGUGGAGGUGAUGCAAGUAUGGUGAGAAGUUUGGAAAAAGGAAAAAAGAAGGUGGACAGUGCUAAAAAGAAGUUCAGUCCAGGAACUUGUGAGUCCGUCAUGAAAAGGCCUUUCAUCCAGGAAAUAUCAGAUUCUGAUUCUGAUGACGAUGACAAUGAUGAUGAAGAUGAUUCGGAGAAGGAGGAGAGUGAUCCUGAUGUUGUUUUUAUUGGGGAUGUUGCUGCAGACUCUAUUGUAAAUAGUGGAUCAGGUUCAGGAUCUUGGUCCAAUGUGGGCUCUGUUGGGUUAAGGAGUGGUACAUUGAAUGAAGCAGAUGAUGUUAUUUCAUCUACCUCGAGCAUGUGUAGGACUAGUGAGCGGCGUAAAACAGAGGAGCACAUUGAUUUUGAGAAAUCAGAGGACUUUGUUGAUCCUUUAAAAUCACAACAAGAGUUUACAGAUACAACAGAUUCUUCUGAGUCAGAAUCUGAAGCUUCAAGUGAUGAGGAUAAUGAUCAGCCCGAAGACAAGGAUUACCGGGUGCAUGAAUCAUCAACAUCAAGUUCUAGUCAAUCAGAUGAUAUAAGAAGUGAUUGUGAUGAUGACUAUGAUGGAGGAAAGGAAUCAGAAAAAGAUUAUCUGAGAUCUGAUUAUAUCAGAAGUGGUUUUGAUAAUGACUAUGAUGGAAGAAUGGAAUCAGAAGAUGAUGAUUUGUGCUGUUCUACAAAGAAAAAAUCCAAGGAAGAAGGAAAUAAGGAGUCAAAUGGGAGGCUAGUACAAAAGCACAGAGGUCGAGCAUAUCUUCUUCGGCCACGCUCACUAUCCAAGUCCAAAAAGAAAUUGUUAAACCAUGGAAGUUGUAGUAGACCGGUUCUUCUUAGUGAUGACGAAGGGUCUAAAUCCUCGUCCUCUGAAGAGGGUUGUGAGGCUGGUGAGUCGGUGCAAAAUGCUGUUGUUCAAAAGGAACAAAAGGAUGUUGUUCAAAAGGAUAGAAAAAUUCGGAAGAAGAUUCUUAAAGAUUCUGAAUUUCUGAGGUUUGUUGUUGAUUCUAUAAUAAAUGGCGGUGAUCAUGAUAAAAUUACUUCUCCUGAAGAGAAGCAACAGGUUCCUGUCAAAGAACCACUUCCUUUAAUAUUCCGGUUUGAAGACGAGGAGCCUCUCCCCCUGGAGAAACAAGAAUGGCAAAAGGAAAUUGAAGAUCUUUUUGCCGAAAUGGACAUGUGUACAUUAGAAUCAUGUAUUGGCUUCACAAAUUCAUCUGUUUUGCCAAUGCAGGGAUCAAAAGUUAGUGACUGUCAGAUGGGGAACCACCAACUUGUUCUAGAUGAACAAAUUGGACUCAUUUGUAAAGUUUGUUCACAUGUGCAUUUGGAGAUGAAGUAUAUCUUCCCUUCUUUUGCUGACAGAACCCGAGGGAGGUAUGGAAGAAAGUAUUUUGGAGAUUCAUCAUCGCUCUUGGAUGCUGGCGGCUUUAGAUAUUAUGAUUCUUCUGCAGUUCAUGAUUCUGCUAUUUAUAUGGAAGGAACUGUGUGGGAUUUAGUCCCCAUGAAUGCCAAAACAACAAUGUACCCUCAUCAGCGUGAAGGAUUUGAGUUUAUGUGGAAGAAUAUUGCUGGAGACAUAAUCCUUGAAAAUCUCAGGGAGCCUCUAUCUGGUAGUAGGGGAGGAUGCAUAAUCUCGCAUCCACCUGGCACUGGAAAAACCCGUCUGACCAUAGUCUUUCUUCAGGCAUUUCUGAAGCAGUUCCCAAAGUGUAGGCCUGUGAUCAUAGCUCCAUCCAAUUUGCUUCUUAACUGGGAAGCUGAGUUCAAGAAAUGGGAGGUGGACAUUCCCUUCCACAACUUGAACAGCAAAGGUUUCUCUUUCGAGGAAGAUGAAGCUACUGUUAGUGUCUUCCACUGUUUAUCACGUGCUGGAAAAAGAGAUCCACAGCUUAUACGCAUGGUGAAGCUAAGAUCCUGGGCUAAAAGUAAGAGUGUCUUGGGAAUUAGCUAUGACUUGUUCAGGAUUCUGACGGGAGAAGAUGGGGAUGGUUACGCCAAAGAGAUUAGAGAAAUACUUCUCAAAUUACCUGGUCUUCUGGUCCUUGAAGAAGGGCACACUGCUAGGAAUGAUCAAAGUCUUAUGUGGCAAGCUUUGAACAAGGUUGAAACAGAGAAGCGUAUACUUUUGUCUGGAACUCCCUUCCAGAAUAAUAUCAAAGAGCUGUACAACACCCUCUCUGUAGUUAGUCCAAAAUUUGCUGCAGAUUUGGAGCAUAAAUGGACGUCUCUUAGCAGUUGCAUUGACAAGAAUGUCCGUGCCUUGGAAGAGCUUAGGGAUAUGAUUGCACCACUAGUUCAUAGAUGUGGUGAAAAUGUAAAGAAGGAAAGCCUUCCGGGUAUAAGGGACACUGUGAUACACUUGAAACCCACAGAUUUGCAGAAGAAGCUGCUUAAGAUAAUUCCUGAGAACCCAGGCUCCUUUUACAACCAAAAUGCGGUGUCUCUGAUCUCUGUUCACCCUUCAUUAGUGGCAAAUAGGAGUGAGUUCUCUGACUUAGAAAGCCAGUUAAAAGAAAGAGGAUGUCGAUUGGAUCCAAAUGCUGGAGUAAAAAUGAAAUUUGCUGUUGAACUGAUCAGACUUUGUGAUGGCUUGAAUGAGAGGGUUAUAAUAUUCAGCCAGUUACUUGAUCCUCUAAAGCUGAUCAAGGAGCAACUCAAUUCUCUCUUCAACUGGACUAUAGGCCGAGAGAUUCUCUAUAUAGAUGGUAAACUUGAUGUAAAGCAGCGGCAGAUAUCAAUAAACUCUCUGAAUGACCCUAAGAGUGAUGUAAAAGUGCUUCUUGCAUCAAUAAAAGCAUGUUCAGAAGGGAUAAGUCUUGUAGGGGCUUCAAGAGUGGUUUUGCUUGACGUUCUCUGGAAUCCCUCAGUAGAACAGCAAGCCAUCAGUCGAGCUUACAGGAAUGGUCAGACUAGAGUUGUGCAUGUUUACUGUCCAGUGACAUCAAAAUGGGAAGUUGACAAGAUCGAACAGCAGACGAGGAAAAAGUAUCAUUCUGAUGUGCUUUUGUCUAGGAAUGAAGUGAAUACUUGCCAGAUGAAUCCUUCAUAUUCUCUGUCAGAUGAUAACAUACUAGAAGCCAUGGUUCAGCAUGAGAGUCUUUGUCAUAUAUUUGAAAAACUAUCUCAUGCACCACGUGUGGUGCCUACGACAUGCUUCCCUGCACGAUGA